CACGACUAGUUUCAUGAGCCAUUCUUGUGCGACUAGAUAUUUGAAUGGUUUUUCCGUUUGUAUUGACAAGAAGGCUUGGAGGUUUUGGAGAGUAGCUUGAGGGACCCUGUCUAAUUGUUAAUUGGUUUAUAUGUUGUUAUUGACAAGGAUGUAUAAACUAGUCUUUAAGGUUUUCAUUUGGUUGGUGGUUUUUAAUAUAGUGAGCUGUAUUCGCUUGUUGAAAGAGGGGCCAAUGAUUGAUUCUGAGGGUAGAGAAUAUAAAAGUGCCUCACUGAAGCAUGUCAAAGAAAGGCAUGGAUUUCCAUUAGUUGGGGCAUCCACUGUCCGGGUAAAAUGUACUGAUACGACUAUGAUACUACUGAUAAACUCUGACCUGUACAACAAUGGCCACCAUGUGUCUCCAGAAGAAUUGUUCUUAGGAUUUGGAACUGAACAAAAUGGCUGCAGAGCUGUUCCUGUGAGUGACACGAAGUUCAUAAUUGAAGCAGGCCUAGAAGAUUGUGGCUCGAAAGUGACUGAUGGGGAUGAUUCAAUUGUCUACUCAAACAAGUUGGUGUACUCACCAGUUCCAGAUAAUAACAUCAUCACCAGAGUGAUUAGCGCUGUUAUUCCUGUCGCUUGUCAUUACCCAAGGACACAUUUUGUGAGCAGUGCGAUUGGCCUACCAUUGCCUCCCUCAGUAUCUGUCCCACCAACAGUGAAACCAGUGAUUUUGUCAAGUGUCUUUUCUCUUAAGCUCAUGACUGAUGAUUGGCAACGUGAGAGGUUCUCCAACAAGUAUCACCUUGGGGAGAGUCUGCACAUUGAAGCAUCAAUCAGAGGAGCAGGUCAAGUGUCCAAGCGAUUAUACAUAGAGAGCUGUGUAGCAACUUUGGAACCUGAUGUGUUCUCUGUGCCCAGAUAUUACUUCAUAGAGGACCAUGGGUGCCUGACUGAUUCGAAGGAAGUUGGCUCAAACUCCCGGUUCCUGUCCAGAACCAGGAACGACAAACUUUGGCUGCAGCUUGAUGCUUUCAAGUUCCAACAGGACUACAGAAACACUAUUUAUAUCACCUGCCAGCUAAAGGCUCUCACCACACAGUACACAAGUCCACAAAGCAAGGCCUGCAAUUAUGCAAACGGAAGGUGGAGUAGUGUUGACAGGAAUCAUGAGGUUUGUAGAUGCUGUAGCAACACUUGUAACAGGAGUCCUCAUGAACAGCCCAGAAAUGGGAACCCAUCUUGGAUCUCGGUACAUGCCUCUAAAGGCUCUGUGGUUUGUGAUAGCGUAUCCUUGAUUCCAGUGAUAAUUCUGCCUGAAAAAACUAAAAGAUCCAAGUAGUAUAUUGUGCUUUGUCUUUGGUAAUGCCUAUGUUAUUAAUGACAUUUAGUCUUAAAUAUUGUGACCUUAUUCUGACAUGCCACAUGUGCACACUGCCUAAACUGUCUUAAGAGUCUGGGAUGUAUAUGGGAAUAAAAUGCAUUAUCUAAAAUAUAA